AUGGCAACAGACCCUCUCACUGCGGCUACUGUCGACGAUCUUUUCAACUUUGAUUCUACAGACGAUGAAGACCCGUUCAAGGACAAGUCGACGCGUAAGGCUCGCGACGACAAGACCACGCUGAGUCCUCGUCCUGCAAAGCGGAAAGCAGGCGACAACAAUGAUCUAGGUGCUGAUUUGGGCUUGGACGAGGAAGUCAAAAUCGCCAAAAAGAGAAAACCUAUAGCCAAACUCGACGAAGCGAGGCUGCUUUCCGCUGAAGGUAUUCCAAAGCUACGCGCUCUGGCAAUGUCGGGGAAAUUUUCAAAGAAGCUGCGUCUGAAAGGCAAAGGACACGAGUUCUCGGACGUGGCUCGUCUGUUGAAUUAUUACCAGCUGUGGCUGGAUAACUUAUACCCUCGAGCCAAGUUUGCCGAUGGCUUACAGUUGAUCGAGAAGGUCGGGCAUAGUAAGCGGAUGCAAACUAUGCGAAAGGAGUGGAUCGACGAAGGGAAACCGGGGUACGUCAAGGAGAAAGCAUCAAGGCCACAGGAUGGGGAGAAAGGGAAAAAGACAGACGAGUUGUAUGGCGGGGACGAACCAGCCGCGGAACCCACAUCAAAUGAAUUGGCUCCUGGCGACGACUCUUUAUUCAUCCCUGAUACGCGCGCAAGUGAUGAUGUCCCCAACUUCAACGACGAGAUGCCGGAGGACGAUGAGCUGGACGCUCUCUUGGCAGAGCAAGAAACAGCAGGCAGCGCGAGGCCAGCGCCGCCGCCCACCCGUUCAAAACGGACAAUCGACGAUGACUCCGAAGGCGAGGACGAUCCCGACGCUCUACUGGCCGAGCAAGACACUCGGCGGGUUCCGCAGACUGCAACGGCGACGCCACCAGUUCAAUCUAAAUCGACAUCACGACCAAAGACCUCGCCUUUCGAGGACGAUGAUGACGACGAGGAGGAUAUGGACGAUUUAGACGCCUUGCUAGCAGAGCAAGAGGCACGCGCGACGCUGACUACUACUCAACCGAGGACAGAGCUGGCGCCUCGAUCCACCAAUAAUGAAUCUAGCCCUCGCCGCACCGAAGAGAAGGAAGAGGCCACCAAAGCCGUCGCUGACAAUGACGACCUGGGCGAUCUCGAUCUCGAUCUCGAUGAAGACGACGACCUUGACGCUCUCCUUGCCGAACAAGAAUUACGUCAGACAGAGGCAGCAAUGCAGAGACCGUCGCAGACGAGUACUACGAACACGGGGAUUUCUUCUCCCCGGCCCUCUGCGCAUGCUGAGCAACCUGACUUGGAUGUGGCGGAUGGGGACGACAUGUUUUCCUCGUCGCCUGUACGCACAAAUCCAAACACAAAGGACUUUCAGGCGUCCUAUGAGACCAGUGUUUUUGUUGCUUCGUCGACCACGAAGGCUUUGGAUGACAUGCAACAAGGAUCUGAAUAUGCACAAGGAGCUGGGCCCAAGACCACCCCCGAGCAAGAAUACGCUGGAGGCCUGGAGGCCGCCAAUCCCUCGGCCGAAGUUGAGUUAGAGGCUGAGCUCGAUUCCAAGGAAACGGAAGAGCCCCAACAGGAGCAUGAACAGGAGCAAGAGCAAAAUACUAGCAGCGGGCAGGAUCGAAAUGAGGGUCUCGAACGACUGGACGAUGACAAUGGGGACGAGGAAGUAGAAGCACCACAGGAGACAACGGCUCAAGAAGGACGCCGAGGAGGGGCGGAAAAACAAGGUGCAGCUGAAGUUGGACCUGAAGCUGAAGUCGGUCUUGAAGACGGCGACAACGAGGAGCUUGAGGCAGAGGAUAUGUUUUCGUCUUCUCCCGUUCAGAACGACGAUUAG